CUCUGCACAUAUAAAAAAAUAAACUAAAUUAAUUAUGAAUAAUCAAAAAGUUGGUAUCCUUGGUGGUGGUCAGUUGGGCCGUAUGAUGAUUGAAGCCGCAUCACGUCUCAACCUAUCUGUCACUAUUCUUGAUUCACCUACCGAUUCUCCCGCUAAACAAAUUGAAUCCACCCAACAACAUAUUCAGGGAGCCUUUAACGAUCCUGCCAAAAUACGUGAAUUAGCCUCCCAAGUGGAUGUCUUGACUGUCGAGAUUGAACACGUUGAUGCCGACGUCUUGGCGGAACUCGAAACAUCAAGCAAGAUCCGUGUCUGUCCCUCUGCAUUCACUGUAAAGACCAUCCAAGACAAAUACAACCAAAAGCAAUACUUGGAAUCCUUUGGCAUUCCUGUUGCAGCUUAUGUGGAUACACCCGAUGUAGAAUCCGUGAAAAGAGCAGGAGAACAAUUUGGUUACCCUUUCAUGUUAAAAUCAAAAACCAUGGCCUAUGAUGGAAAAGGAAACUACGUGGUAGAUUCUCCCCAAAAGGUAGAAGCUGCCGUCGCUGCUUUAUCAAAGACCCCAUUGUAUGCAGAGAAAUGGGCUCCCUUUGUCAAGGAAUUAGCCGUCAUGGUCGUCCGUCGUGCUAACGGUGAAGUCAGAUCUUACCCUGUGGUAGAAACCAUCCAUAAGAACAGUAUCUGUCAUCUCGUCAUUGCUCCCGCUCAAAUCGACGGUGCUGUGGCUAAAAAAGCUCAAUCCAUUGCUGAAAAUGCCAUCAAGGCAUUUACAGGUGCAGGUAUCUUUGGUGUAGAAAUGUUUGUGAUGGAGAACGGCGAGAUUCUCUUGAAUGAAAUUGCCCCACGUCCUCAUAACUCUGGUCAUUAUACCAUUGAAGCUUGUGACACCUCUCAAUAUGAAAACCAUAUGCGUGCUAUUUUGGAUAUGCCCUUGGGUUCUACCGCCAUGAAGGUCCCCGCUUCCAUCAUGGUCAAUAUCUUGGGAUCAGACUCGGAUAUGCAAGCAUGCUAUAAACCUUGUCAAGAAGCCUUGACCGUUGAAGGUGCCACCAUUCAUUUAUACGGUAAGAAAGAAUGCAGAGCUGGUCGCAAAAUGGGUCAUAUCACUUUGGUAGGUGAAUCCAUGAUGCAAGUCCAACGCAAUUUAGCUCCUAUUCUUCAAGCCAUCGAACCUGAUAUUCAACGCUCUCUCAACUUACGUCCACUCGUUGGUAUGAUCAUGGGCUCAGAUUCUGAUUUACCUGUCAUGAAGGUCGGUGCACUAAUCCUGAAAGACUUUGGCAUUCCCUUUGAAUUAUCCAUUGUCUCGGCUCAUCGCACUCCUUUGCGUAUGGUCGAAUACGCUAAAUCCGCCGCAGAACGUGGAUUAAUGGCUAUUAUUGCUGGUGCAGGUGGAGCGGCUCAUUUACCAGGUAUGGUGGCAGCCAUGACACCUCUUCCCGUCAUUGGUGUGCCUGUCAAGGGUAGCUCCUUGGACGGUGUGGAUUCUCUUUACAGCAUUGUGCAAAUGCCCCGUGGUAUUCCUGUGGCUACAGUAGCUGUGAAUAAUAGUACAAAUGCUGCAUUACUUGCUAUUCGUAUCUUGGGAGCUUCUAUCCCCGGCAUUCAAAAGCAAAUGGCUGCUUAUAUGGAAAAGAUGGAAGGCGAAGUAUUGACCAAGGUUGAAAAGUUGGAUCAUGUUGGUUGGGAAAACUAUUAAAUGUUUUAGAUCUCUCUCUAAAAAGAAAAAAAUGUAUAAUAAUAAUAAGAAUAAGAAUAAUAAUAAAAAAAAAAGAGAAAUUUAUUCUAUAUGUA